AGACGCAAGCUUCAGUCUAGAAAUCGCACUUGUCGGAGCAACUACAAGAAAGAGAAAGGCCUACAAGGCGGAAAAUAAAAAAUUUAUUGGAAAAAAGUAUACAGAAGAAAACAAUAACAUUUCAGAAACUUAGUAGAACGGAAAUCAUGAAAUUGUGAAAUCAAUGUUUCAGCAAAGCAAAGGAAAUCAAUUUUAAGAAUCUUUGUAGUGAAAUAACUGAAAGAGCAAAGGUCUAAAGUGUCUAGUAAAAGCAAAAUAUAAGUGAAUUUGAUGUGUGUGCAAGACAAGACGGCAAUGCUUGCUAAAGUUGUCUAAAUUAAUUAUUACUCUGGUGCAAUAAGAAUAUCUAAACUUGUGAACUAAAUAAAAUAAGACAAAGUGUAGAAAAUAAAAAAACGCAAAGGAACAAGAAGCGAAAGUCAAAAUAAUCAAGCAAAAAAGAUAACAACGUAACGGCUAGAACUGUGUAGCCAUUUGGACAAAAGACCAAAACAUGGCCGAAAAAUAAGUAUGUGAAUAUACUAAAAAAAUCAAAUGGUCAGCCUACCUAUAACCUACUAAGUACUAAGUAUACAAAGUCUACUAAAUAACUGACGAUUAUAAAAGAACACUACGACGAGCGAAAGCAAAGCAGAAGCCAAUUUCAACGUCAACUUUUAGUACGGGGCAUUGCUACCAAGAAAGCAGACGUCUGCGAGUAGAAAACUCAAAAACUCUUUAACUUAAUUACUAACAAAACUAACUGGAAGCAGCAGCAACAGCCACAGCCACAAAAUGAAUAGCCUAGUAAAGGUGUUCAGCAACUUCAGAGAGUUCUACAAUGAAAUCAAUGGUGCUACACUCACCGGUGCCAUCGAUGUGAUCGUGGUUGAGCAGCCGGAUGGUGAAUUUCAAUGUUCACCCUUCCACGUGCGCUUCGGUAAACUGGGCGUGUUGCGGAGUCGCGAGAAAGUGGUUGACAUCGAGAUCAAUGGUGAGCCCGUCGACAUACACAUGAAGCUGGGCGACUCCGGUGAGGCAUUCUUCGUUGAGGAGUGUCCCGAAGAGGACGCAGAAGCAUUGCCAGAGAAUAUGGCUACGUCGCCGAUACCGAGCAGCUACUUUCCCAACAAAUUUGACAAUGAUACAUUAAUGGACGACACACUCGAGUGCAAGUCAAAAAUUGCUAGCGAUGACAUACAACUGCCGCUGCCAUUGCCGCGUCGUAAUUCCAUUGACUUUUCAAAAGAGACCGAAAAGGAAGAUCAAGUGCCGAAAUUUGAGAAUCAAGUCUCAGAUUUUAGUCACAGAAGACACACCGACAAUACAUUGGAGCGACGUAAUCUUAGUGAAAAACUGCAAGAAUACACUACGCAAAAGCUGCGGCAGGAGUGGGCCGAACAUGAGGAAAUCUUUCAAUUUGAAGCCGUUGAAAGAGAGAAGGAAUGGAUUAACAGCACACAAACAGAAAGCAAAAUUCAACAGAAAUCCAACACAACAGACGUCGCACCCACACCUACGAUCACUGUGCAGCCAGCUUUCAAAGAAGAGCUUCCUGCGAAAGAGCAUAACAUGAACAAUACAAAUAAUGCAAACAGCAACAACAUCACCACGCCCACUACUACAACCGCCGAAACUAUCUCCAAUAAUACGAGUGCAAAGGACGAAUCCAAAGGUGGCAAGAAGAAACGCCGCAAGAAGUCACAAAUGAAGAAAAAGAAUGCACAACGCAAGUCUUCGUCGAGCAGUUCAAUUGGCAGCACAACACCCAUAGAGGGCGCCAACGGCAAUAACACAAAUGCCGACGAAGGUGACGGUAUUUCCAUUUCGAAUAAUACCAACUCAUCGUCGAAUGAGGAGAUUGCCACAGCAAAAUCAAAUAACGACCAACAGUCGGUACCGCUCGUCUCCGCCACGGCUGGUGAUGAGAGUCCCAUCAGCGAAACAUGCCAAACAUCACCGAUUACGCCCAGCACGCGUAUACCCGAUCUGGAUAUACACUUCUUCAGCGAUACCGAGGUGACGCCUUCGGGUGGUGCUAGCAGUUGUGUUGGACGCGGUUCUGGACGUCCCUCCACACCCAUACAAAGCGAUAGCGAAUUGGAGAUUUCGUUGCGUGAAAAAGAUGUCGAUGCUGAAUUGAUAUCGAAUAGCGCUUCAUGGAAGUGGGGCCAAUUGCCUACGCCCGAUGCGAGUGAAAAGGUGGACGGCAGCGGCGAUCAGUCGGCACAACGCAACUCAAUGCUGAGUGGCAUGUUUAAUUUUAUGAAGAAAACGAAUAAGAUGCGUAAGCAGGCCAACGAUGGUGGUGUCUACUUGUCCGAUUUGGAUGCAGAAGGUAUGGAUCCAGAAAUGGCUGCAUUAUACUUCCCACAACCGCGUCUAACGAAGUCGACAAAUAAUGCCAACGCCGAUGCUGGCACAGCCACCAGCAGCACACUGUUACAAUCGGGCGAUGAUGAUCGUGAAAGUGGCAAUGGCACCAGUUUGCCACAUUCGCCUAGUUCGAUGGAGGGUCAGAAGAGCGUGGACUCGGACUAUGAGGAUGGCAAGCCACAGGACGCAAAAUACCUGGACUUUGUGGCGAUGUCUUUAUGUGGCGUCGGUGACAAAGGCGAGCCAUCUGAUGAAGAGUUCGAUCAACACAUGAUUAAGUAUUCUGAUGUUUGCGAAAAUCCCAGUUUGUUCUCAUCGCCAAAUCUAGUUGUACGCCUGAAUGGCAAAUACUACACGUGGGCAGCUGCAUGUCCAAUUGUCAUGACCAUAAUAACAUUCCAGAAACCACUGACUAACGAUGCCAUUGAACAGCUGAUGAGCAAUGUCAAACCCGAUGAAUCGGUGAACAAGAGCGAACCGGAUGGCACCACAGCAGGUGCUGGCGCUCAAUCGAAACGUUCCUGGUGGAAUUGGCGGCGUUCGCAGGUUGGCGCCGUGCCGAAUUCUGCAAAGAUUGCCAAACCAGAUGACAAGGUUGAUGAGCGAGACGCCGACCAAGCUGCCGUGGCCACACAAACAACACGUCCCAACUCACCAGAUAUUAGUGAAAAUACACUAAGCAAAACCGACUCGACGCUCAAUGCUGAAAACACCUCAGCACAAGUUGAAAAUCUCGAGGACCUAUCGCAAGCCUCCUCGAAGGCUGAAGCAACCAGCAGUAACGGCAACAAAAACGAACGUUACAAGAAGAGCUUGCGCCUUAGUUCGGAAGCAAUUAAACAACUGAACUUGAAGGAUGGCAUGAACGAAAUUGAGUUCAGCGUCACAACCGCCUAUCAGGGCACCACACGCUGCAAAUGCUAUCUCUUCCGCUGGAAGCACAACGACAAAGUUGUCAUUUCUGAUAUUGAUGGCACGAUCACCAAAUCGGAUGUGCUCGGUCACAUUUUGCCAAUGGUCGGCAAAGAUUGGGCCCAAUUGGGUGUGGCACAAUUGUUUUCGAAAAUCGAACAAAAUGGCUAUAAGCUAUUGUAUUUAUCCGCACGUGCCAUAGGGCAAUCACGUGCCACACGUGAAUACUUACGUUCCAUACGUCAGGGUGAUGUUAAGCUACCCGAUGGGCCAUUAUUGCUCAAUCCCACAUCGCUUAUUUCGGCAUUCCAUCGUGAGGUGAUCGAACGCAAGCCGGAACAAUUUAAAAUCGCUUGCCUCUCCGACAUACGUGAGCUCUUCCCCGACAAGGAUCCCUUCUAUGCCGGCUAUGGCAAUCGCAUCAAUGAUGUAUGGGCCUAUCGCGCAGUGGGCAUACCCAUUAUGCGCAUUUUCACCAUCAACACCAAGGGCGAAUUGAAGCAUGAGCUAACACAAACAUUCCAGUCAUCGUACUGCAGCAUGACGUACAUUGUGGAUCAGCUCUUCCCACCCAUACGCGACGAUGAGGGCGCUGUAGAAUACUCCAAUUUUAAUUAUUGGCGUGAUCCUAUACCGGAAUUGGAUUUAGUUUUGGAUACGAGUAGCGCCGAAACCAACAAUACCAACAACACCAGCAACAAUGGUGAAGUAAACGCAUUGCUGCAAAAGGGCUUAGCAACCAUUCCAGAAAAUUAAUAACCAACCACAAAAUACAACUAAUAUAAAUAAAUAAAAAGCUGAUAACUGGAAAUCAUACCAAAAACACGAAUGUAGUGUAAAACACAGUAUAAGUUUUGAAUAUUAAGUACUAUUUAGUUGCGCUUACGCUUGGCAAGUUUUUCAUGGGAUAUGCUUACACACUUAGCCAUAAGUUUACCUUGAUUUUAUUUAAUUUAAUGUUACACGUGUGAAAUAACAACAUUUUUCGCUCUAACCUCAAUUUUCAAAACUUGUAUACCAUUUUUAUAAUGCUUUGUAUGGCUGGUUAUAUGGAAGAUUUCAAUAUUUCCGCAAAUUAAACUCAAACAUUAAUAAAAAAGAGUUAAGAAAUGAAUGAGACUACAAUAACAAUGUGUGAGACUUUUACUAAACAGUAAUGAUCUCAGUUUUAGAUAUCGAAAAAACGUUUUUUAAAUUGUCAAAACGUUGGUAGUUAAGACUACUUAAAAUUCGUAGUUUCAAAAAUUAUUCAGAAAAAAUGAAAUUGAUAAUUGCCCAAAAAUUGGUUUUUGUGUGACGAAAUGUGAAAAUUUUCUGCAAAUUUUUAAGAAAAUAAUAAUGCCAAAAUAGCAUUAUUGGCUAAUAAAUGAGUUGAAGGUGUUUUUUGGUAUUUAAACUCAUCAAUUGGAUUCAUAAAGUUUUUGAACACUUAAAAUAUUUGCAUACUGAAUUUAGCAAAACCAAAAUUCAAAAACGAAUUUAGUUCUUUAGACUGCUACUUAUAGUUUUUCAAUUUCAAAUUUAAUUACGUGGCAACAAAUAUUUGAAAAUAAUCCUUCGUUGCUUUAUAAAAUAUAAAAUGAGAACCCUCAGCAAAUUUAGUGUUUUUGUCUAGCAAAAUAAUUAUUUCAAUCAAUAUUAAAAUAUGUUAUUUAGAGCAUACGUCAACCUAAAUUGAUUUUAUAUUCCUACUACUUUUAAAGCAUUAAUUAGAACUAUAAUAAAUUAUUAGUAUUUAAGUUUAUGCUGCUUCUAUGUUAUAGUUACAAACCACUUACUACGACUAUUUAAAAGAAAAAAUACAAAAUACCAACAUCAUUACAUGCACAUACACAUGCUUAAACAAAGGUGUAUGCAACAAUAAAAUAUUUUUUGGAAAACACUUUAUAUAAAUCAUUAGAGUGUGGUGUACUCACUGUUUCAACCAAUAACAUUUCUUAAUUACAUUUGUAUCUCCAAGUGUACAUACACAUGUACAUAUGUAUGUACAUAAAUAUGUACAUGAAGAAGAUAUGUAUGUAGUUGCCAAUCGUUGCAGGUUUCUAUGUCUAAUAUUGUCGUUGUGUUUUUUGAAAUAAUUAAAAUUCGUAUGUCAUUAUAAUUGUGAUAAUUUUUAAGGUCUCCAUUUUGUAGCUGUAAGAAAUAUGCAUUAGAAAUUGAAAAGCCACAAAAUUUAUUUUUUUCUUUGUAGAAUUAUAAUAUUUUAUGUUGCUUUGGGUAUUUUAAAUUUAAAUAGUUUUAUUAGUAAUGAAUUUUUGUUAAUGUGAUAUAUUAAAAAACAAAAGCAACAAAUGUAAUAAAAAAAAACAUUCAUAACAAUUUAAAUAAUUGAUUAAAAACAUUCAUCUACUACAUCAGUUUUAUUACAAACUUGCUUUAUUUAUGAUAAAAAGUUGAUUUUAAAUUUUUUUUAAAUAAUUCUUAAAUGCAUUUAUUCCAUUUAUUAUGCCAAUUUGCGUAUAAAAAAAUAAUUUCAAAUUGUAUGCGUUGCACAAUAUUAAUUUUAGUUUAUUUUAAAUGCAUAUAAACACAGGUACAUGUGUAUGUACAUUAGGGUAUGCGUUAUUUCCAAAGUUGGUGUAUUUUCUUUUCUCAAAGAGGGUUUUGAGGCUUCAGCUUUUGCACAAAAAUACGAAUUCAACGUAAACAAGUUCUUUAUAUUCAAUUUAAAUCGUGCUUAGAAUAUUUUAUUUUCUCAUAUAUUUUAUGUGGGAUUUUUUUUUCAAAUUUUGGCAAUAAAUUUUUUAUCGCCACCGGCAUUUCGGCACCAUUCCUCGAAAUUACUUCAGGAAUGUUUUCUAUCGCUAAAACCACAACAACAACAACUGAAUAAAACAUUUCGCGUUCUACAAGAAAAAUGUUUAUACUUUUUUUUUAUAAAAACAUUUCUUUAAAGUUAUACUCAAUCAAAAUUAUGCAUCAAAUGUACUGUAUUCAUAUAGUACACCAUGUCGUAUGAGCAACAGAGAAUGUAUAAAUCACUUGUGCAGUACUUCUUGCUCAGUACAUUUGAUGUGCCUAUAACUUUAGCUGCAUACAACUUUUAAAUUAACAAUUUUAUAGAAAAAAAAUCAAAAUAAUGUAGAAUGCAAUUUUUUACUAGAAUAUCACUUUUUCAUAAUUGCAGUUUUUUACCCAAUUAAUGCAAAAUAUCAAUCAAUAUACUAAUACAAAAAAAUAUAAAAAUAUAUAAAAUAAUAAAAAUUAAAUUAAAAUAAAACAAUAUAUUAGACACGUUUUAAAUUGGAAAUAAAAAAUCUUGUUUACAUUGAAUGCUUGUUUUAGGGCAAAAAUUAAAACUUCACGUGGCUUAACAAAGCAAAAAAUCAACUUGUGAAAUAACAGACACCCUAAUCUAUACUCAUGCACGAGUGUUCACAGAAGUACAUAUACAUAGUUUGUAUUACAUUUAGUUCGUAGCAUUGAAUCAAUAAUAUUGUGCAACAGAUAAGCGUGUACUUAUUAUGUGUGAUAAUGCGUUAGCACGUGAUUGGCUUUCUGUAUUUUCUUGAGAAGAAUUUAAUUUUAACGCUUUGCAAAAGCUUUCAUUAUCGCUUCAUAUGUAAUCGUAUAUUUAAUCGAACCAUUUUAUAGCACAAACAACAAUUACAUACAUACAAAUAUACAACAAUACCAAACAUUAUAAAAUAUUUUAAAUAUUCAAAAUGAGAAAAAAGGAAUUUAUCUUCAACUAAAUAAUUACAUGUAAGUUACAAUAAAAGAACUCAUACAAAAUUUGUCCAAAAUUGAUUGGAAACAAUGAAUAAAUAAAAUUCAAAUAAAGCUUGCGUUCAUUCA